UGCACUGACAACAAACAAAAGAUCUAGCUAGCUAGCUAGCUGUCUGUCCAUGUCUUGUUUUAAUCGUAGCUAUCUUUAUCUUUAUUUGCUUUUUUAAAAAGACCUUCUUCUUACAGCGUUCACUGAAGUGCUAGCUAACCGUUGGUCUGUUUGUUACAUAGCUUGCCGUUAUCGUAACGUUGUUAUUUCAGUGUGUAUUUUAAUAGAUAAAAACAGUGCGAUCGCCAUGUCCGGGCAAUCCUCGGGCUGUGGGUUUCUGAUGUCGGUUGUGGUUCAUGGGGACUCGGCUCUCAACGAGCAGGAAAAAGAGCUCAACCAGCGACUCAGACAGCUUUAUCCAGCAGUAAACGAACAAGAAACCCCGCUUCCCCGAUCUUGGAGCCCCAAGGACAAGUUCAGUUACAUCGGUCUUUCUCAGAACAAUCUUCGAGUUCAUUAUAAAGGUCACGGGAAGACCCCGAAAGAUGCAGCUUCGGUACGCGCGACACACCCCAUCCCGGCGGCCUGCGGGGUCUACUACUUCGAAGUCAAGAUCGUCAGCAAAGGACGGGAUGGUUAUAUGGGAAUAGGUCUCUCCGCCCAAGGUGUCAACAUGAACCGGCUCCCAGGUUGGGACAAACAUUCAUACGGAUACCAUGGCGACGACGGCCACUCCUUCUGCUCGUCAGGCACCGGGCAGCCCUACGGCCCGACGUUUACCACAGGCGACGUGAUUGGCUGCUGCGUCAACCUAAUCAACAACACCUGCUUCUAUACAAAGAACGGCCAUAGUCUAGGUAUCGCUUUUACAGAUUUACCGCCCAACCUCUACCCAACGGUGGGGCUGCAGACACCCGGAGAGGUGGUGGACGCAAAUUUCGGCCAGCACCCGUUCGUCUUUGACAUCGAGGACUACAUGCGGGAGUGGCGGACCAAAAUCCAGGCCCAGAUCGACAGGUUCCCCAUCGGAGAGCGCGAGGGCGAGUGGCAGUCCAUGAUCCAGAGAAUGGUGGCGUCGUACCUGGUGCACCACGGCUACUGCGCCACGGCCGAGGCCUUCGCCAAAUCAACAGACCAGGCCGUGCACGAGGAGCUCGCUUCCAUCAAGAACAGACAAAAAAUUCAGAAGCUGGUGCUGGCGGGCAGAAUGGGGGAAGCCAUUGAAACGACACAGCAGCUGUACCCCACUUUACUAGAAAGAAACCCUGACCUGUUAUUCAUGCUAAAGGUGCGGCAGUUUAUCGAGAUGGUCAACGGCACUGACAGUGAGGUGAGGUGCCUGGGUGGGCGGAGCCCCAAGUCCCAGGACAGCUACCCCGGCAGCCCCCGCCUCUUCGGCAGCCCCACCCUAAGCCCCAGCCACAGCGCCAGCAUACACAGCCUGGCCUCCCCAGCCAAGCCCGGCAGCUCCCACUCCUACAUCCCGGGUUUCGACAGCAGCUGCAGUAACGGCGUGGCGUCCGGCAAGCCCCACCCCCCGACCCACUGUCACAAGCCGUCUCCCCCCGCCCUCUCCAACUCCGAGCUCAACACCAUCAACAGCGCCAGGAGUCAGCAGGUCAACAGCUGCACCAGCAAUGAAAUGGACAUGGAGGUAGACCACUAUAGCAAUGGGGUUUCAGAGUCCUCGUCCAACGGCUUUCUGAACGGGAGCUCCAAGCAUGACAUGGAGCUCGAGGAGUGUGAUGCUGACAUGGAGGUGGACUCCAGCCAGCCGAGACGGCAGCUGUGCGGGGGCAGCCAGGCCGCCAUCGAGCGCAUGAUCCAGUUCGGCCGCGAGCUGCAGAGCAUGAGCGAGCACCUGCGCCGCGAGUGCGGCAAGAACUCCACCAACAAGAAGAUGCUGAAGGAUGCAUUUAGUUUACUAGCCUACUCGGACCCCUGGAACAGCCCGGUGGGCUACCAGUUGGACGCCAUACAGAGAGAGCCUGUCUGCUCCACCCUCAACAGUGCAAUAUUAGAGACUCACAACCUGCCCAAGCAGCCCCCCCUGGCCCAGGCAGUUGGUCAGGCCUCCCAGUGCCUGUCAAUCAUGGCUCGCUCAGGCAGUGGCUCCUGUGCCUUUGCCGCUGUGGAGGACUACCUGCACUAGCUAUGCAAGCCGGCCCGCAUCACGCCCGCGUCACAAAACCCCCCCACCCCACCCCC